GCUGUAAACAUGUUCAUUUUACUUUCGGCGCUAGCAUACUGCAUUUUGUUAACUACCUACGUCAGCAGCACAAGUGGAAUAACGGUGAAAUAUGAUAAUUCUCCAGAUACUAGAAAUAGUCAACUGCGGCAGGGGACGAGCAACGAUAAUUCACAAAGUUUCCACGAAGUAGACGCCUUUGGAGAUGACUAUGUUGAUUUUGGUGCUCACACUGGUCUCAACGGGGCUUUCUAUUGGCAUGCAAACUACCCAGUGGAAGAUAGUGAAAGUGACAGUACGGAUAGUGUGGACAGAUAUUACCAAACAGAGCAGGAGAGAUACGACUAUGAAUAAAGAAAAAAUAAA